AUGACGAACAAUAACGAAAGUGAGGCUGAGAACCAACGUCUACUGGACGAACUGAUGAACCAAACAAAAAUUCUCCAGGAAACUCUAGAUUUUUCGUUAGUGGCACCCGCUCCACACCACAAUGAUGAUUAUAAAAUACAUGGAAGUGCUUACCCAGGUGGUGAGACCCCGGCUCAACAGCAUGAAAAACUCUCAUACAUCAAUAUGCACAACUCUAACGAUCACAAUAACUUAAUGGGUAGUCAAGCGAGGUCCAAUUCGCGAACACCAACAGCUUCGACCAUAUAUGAAGAAGGAGAGUCGCAAUCGUCUUACUUGGACGAUAUGUUUAGAACAAGCCAAGGCGGUAGACCUGUCACCCAAAAUUCCAUAUCUUCCAUAGGGCAGGCUCCCUUGAGGUCAUCCUUUUCUACGUCUUACGACUCACCUGUGGAUAGAGCAAUGAAUACACCAUUACAGCAACAAGAAGGCUUAAAAGCUGAGUUACCACAAGACUUUUUAUUCCAGCAUGGCACGGAUGAUACAACAUAUAACUUAACUGAUGAUUUGAGCUCCUCUUUAUCUUCUAGCAUCAAUUCUGAUAUGAUGACACCAAACACAUAUUCAUCAUCAUUUUCUUAUAAUCCGCAAACUUUGGGUCCAGCAUCCGUAUCUUCCACAUAUUCCCCAAAAGUAAGAUCACCAUCAUCGUCAUUUCGCGCAGGAAGUUUCCUUUCAUCCUCUUUUAGGCAUGGUAGCAUAAACACUCCCAGAACAAGACACACUUCAAUAAGUAGUAAUAUGACUGAAAAUCUAGGACCCGGAAGUGUUCCAAAGAUUCUAGGUGGAUUAACUUCAGAUGAGAAACUGAGGCGCAAAAGAGAGUUUCAUAAUGCUGUCGAAAGAAGAAGAAGAGAACUAAUAAAACAAAAGAUAAAAGAACUUGGCCAGUUGGUUCCACCAUCUUUAUUAAACUACGAUGACCUAGGUAAACAAAUAAAACCAAAUAAAGGUAUUAUUUUGGAUAGAACAGUCGAAUAUUUACAAUACCUGGCCGAAAUUUUGGAAAUACAAUCACGAAAGAAGAAUGCUUUAUUGGCGAAGAUAAAGGAAUUGGAAAACAAGAAAAGCUCUGUCGCAGCGUUAUCUCCUUUUACCAAUAACCAUCAUGCAAGUUCGAAGCAAAAUAACAACGACAAUAAUGAGGAAAGAAUUAUAGACAUUAGGUCCGUUCCAAAUACUUCAUUGAAUGAACAAAAUAUUAAGGCUGAAUUGCAUAAUUGGGAGCCACCAUUAUAUGAUUCGGCCAGUAACCACAAUCAUGCUGGCGCAAUGGAAACUCAUCCACAUACAAAUAUUCAUGAUGAACUAAAGGAGUUUUUAUCUGGAGAUUUAAUUGAAGCCGAAGAUAAUGCAAAACUAAUGUUUGGGGAUGACAACUCUAAUCCAGCUGAUUAUCUUCUAGAAUUUGGUUCAAGAUGA